CAUUAUCACUUUCACUGGGAACUCCAUCUGGGCGAGUUCAUACUCUAUGAUAUAGCUUACCGGCAAGCGCGCCAAGCUCCACAAUCAUCUGUUAAAGUUGCAUCGUUUUAGUAUACAACACAACACAAAAUGGGUGCAAAAUUUCGACUUUAUGUGCUGAGUUUGAUCUUGUCUCUGGCACCAAUCGUGUGUCUGACAUCAGCCUACGAUCUGACCAUUUUACACACUAACGAUGUCCACGCUCACUUCGAACAGUUCGAUAAGUACAGCACUCGGUGCGACGAUGAUGAGUCAGCGAACGGGCAGUGCUUCGGCGGGGUAGCCAGGACGGUCACCAAGGUCCGGCAAAUACGCUCCGAGGUGGACAACGUGGUGCUGCUGGAUGCCGGUGAUCAGUUCCAGGGGACACCGUGGUUCAGCUUUUACAAGGGGAAGGCGACCUCACAUUUCAUGAAUGUCAUCGGUUAUGAAGUCAUGGCCUUCGGAAACCAUGAGUUCGACAACGGACCCGAAGGGCUGACAACGUUUCUGAACGACCUAGACGCCCAGGUGGUUUGCGCCAACAUGGACGCCAGCAACGAACCGGCAAUAGACGGACUGUUCACCAAGAGCACGGUGCUGGCGGUCGGCGGGGAAAUGAUUGGAAUUGUCGGGUACACUCUCUCUAGAAUACGCGAGCUGUCCACGACUGUUGGGUCUUUGGUGUUCAUGGAUGAGGUAUCCUCCAUCCAAGCAGAGGUUGACCGACUCAUAGCGGUAGAGGGAGUCAACAAGAUAAUCGCUUUGGGUCACUCUGGCUUUGAGGUAGAUCUGAAGAUCGCCCGGCAAGUUCGUGGUAUGGAUAUCGUGGUUGGGGGCCAUUCAAACACCUUCAUGUAUACUGGGGACCCACCAGGAGCCGAGAUACCAAGUGGUGUCUAUCCAACAGUCGUGCAUCCUGACGCCGAUCCAACCGCCAAUGUACUUGUAGUGCAAGAUUACAAACUGGGAAAGUAUCUCGGGCGCCUGGACGUGACGUUUGACGAUGAAGGCAAUGUCAUUGGCUGGGGAGGAAACCCAAUUCUCAUUGACAAAGACAUAGAAGAAGAUGCGGCCGUUCUGGAGGAAAUCGAGGCCUGGGGAGAGUCGAUUCGUAACUAUUCCAACGUAUACAUCGCAUCAACCAAUGUCUUCUUGGACGGCACGAGCUGUAGGCUGAUGGAAUGUAACCUGGGCAACCUCGUAUCAGACGCUUACCUCAGACAUGGCAUCCGGGACCUGGUGGAUGGAGUCCGGCUGAACGAUGCCAACAUCGCUCUGUUCAACGCCGGAGGUAUCAGGAGUCAGCUGCCUGUUGGUGAUAUAACAGUCGGUGAUGUCACGAGUAUUCUGCCGUUUGGUAACACAGCCGACCAGAUCACACUUAAAGGGAAGCACAUACUUGAAGCCUUGGAGCAUUCUGUUGCUGAGUACACUAUAGUGGGAAAACAUGGAGAAUUCUUACAACAUGCAGGCAUGUUGGUGACUUUUGACCUAUCAAGGACACGCGGUAACCGAGUGGUCUCAGCUGAAGUGCGGUGUACGGAGUGUGAGGUACCAGAGUUCCAUCCAUUGGACCCUGAAGCGGAAUACAAAGUCAUCCUCAGCACAUACCUUGUCGACGGUGGCGAUGGCUACACGAUGAUAACGAAUAAUACCAUUACUCAUGAUUUUGGUACCCUUGACAUUGAUGUGGUAACCGAAUAUCUGCAGCUCUUGACACCAAUGACGGUUGGUCUCGAUCGACGAAUUACAUUACUUGAACCAAAAGAUGACGUAAAUGAAUGCAAUGCGGGAUCAACCAAUAAAAGUCAUCGUUUAAUAGUGCUUUCGGGUCUGCUCUCUCUAGUACUUCACGCUUUCUCGCGCAUUUAAUUUAGACUCUCACGGUCGUGUGCAGUAAGUCCGUAAGGGCACAAUUUCAUACUUCUUUAAAGGGUCAAUUUAAGUUUGAUGUGCAUUUUAUAUUAUCAACUUUAUGGUAAGUUUAAUGGCACUAUAUAAAGGGUUAAUUAAGUUAAGGUUCAUGUGUAUUUUAUAUUAUUAAUUUGAUGGUAAUUCAAAUGGCACUAAAGGGUUAUUAAUGUUUAUGUGUUUUUUAUAGUUAUCAAAUUUAUAGGGUAAUUUUCUUCGACCGUCUUUCUUUGACCCGCACCGCUUUUCUCUGCGAUCUCCAGUCAGAUACAACCAGCAACAUAGAAUAAUUUGUGCAUCAAUGAGGGCGCACUUCUGCUUACUUCGUUACAUUUUUGUUAGUUAAGUUUAUGGUUUUGUCUCCAGAUGAAAAUUAUCACUGUGAAAUGGCCGGCACUAGGAUUUUGUACACAUUUAUGCAAGGUAACAAUUUCAACGACGUGAAACAACCAGAAGUGGUCAAAUGUUAUUCUUUACGAAAAUUUACAUCGGCAGGAGUGCAAGGGAAAGUAUCGGUAAACUAAAGAAGAAAUUAAAAAUAAAAUAAAGUACACGACAAAUCUCUUAUGUUUAUCAACAGUAUUAUUUCAAUCAGUUUAUUUCCACAGUUUCAAAAUCACAAUCAGUAUCAAAUCAUAGGCAAUGUAUUAGUUGGAAAUAAAGAAAUAAAUAGUUGUUUGAUAAGAUUAAUUAAAUGAAUAAUAAGCAUUGACAUUCGUGAAACUGUGGGGGACCCAUACAGAAGCAAGGCUUGUGUAAGGGUAAUGGUU